AUGCAAUUUUCCAAUUAUUCUUCAAUCAGCUCAAUAAUAUUUUGCGAACAGCCAUUGGCGUAUGAUAUUCCAUUAAGUAUGGAUUACAAAUGUUCACAUACUGCAAGAUAUCCAAAAUAUUAUCUUUACCAGCAUAAUUCUCUUAGAAAUGAUGCUAUAUCUUUUGAUCAUGGGCUUUUUCUAUCAUCAUCCUUAGCUCUUCUAUUAAGGGAUAAAUUCUCAUCCAUUAACACAUUUUUAGCACCUUCAACUUAUAUAAUUUCGAACGAAGAAAAAGUUUUCGAAAAUUAUACUUUAAUUCCUUUGAAAGGAACUUCGCUAGCAUUUUUAGAAGAUUCAUCAUUUAAAUUCUACAUAUACUCAAAUCUUUCUAACUCUGAACUCUCAAAUGUUUGCAAAAUUUCUCGCACUCCGCAAAUCGGCAUUGCCAUCACAAUUUUGUUAAUAAUCAGCGCACUUCUUCUCAGACGUAAAAGAAUUCCCAUUACAGACCAAAACGCAAAAUUCUGGGUUUUUGAUUCAGAAGAUAAAAUCGUUUUUGGCGGAGAUUUCAACACAUUGGACGACUUUACGAGAUCUUGCAUCAAGGAAUCUAACUACCGUGCAAGAAAAUCAAACAAUGUCGUUACACAAAUCAUCAAAAUUAAUCGUCAAGAGAUUAACCACCAUUUCAUCCAUAUCGGAUCAUUCCCAGUCAAUAAACUCGUUGUUACCGCAUUGUGGACAGAAACAUUUGACGAUGAAACGAAAACAGAGUUUGUUUGUAAAUUUUCAUCACCAACACAUGGAUUACUCAAACCUCCAAAGGUCACAUUUUCAUCAUACAGAGACUACCGUCCUAUCCAUGUCUCAUUUACUCUUGAUAACAACGUUCGUUGCAAAGCAGACCUUCCCGCCGCCGCAUUUUCACCAUUCCAACCAUACGGACAGCUAGUUUGCUUAGUAUUAUCAAUGUACUACGAACUUAUGCUUAAAAUGAAAGAAUCAACCGAUGGAAUUAUUGAUAUGAAAUCAUACGUUGAAAAAUGCUUCACACGAUUCAAAGCUAAACGUAUUACUAUCUUCAAUGAUGCAAGUGUGAUCAUUAAUCUUAAAUCAUACGAUGCAUUGGAUGUUGAUCCAAAUGAUUUGUACAAAUACAUUGACAAAAUGAAAGACCACGACUUUACAUACAUCCAUGGUGCUAUUUCACCAGACACACGUAUCUUUGUAUGCAAACAGAAAGGUUUUUCAUUCACAUAUUCAUUUGUUAUCGAAAUUCCAGAAACACAUCCAAUCGAUGUUUACGAUGACUACGCAUUUCCAUUCUUUGCAGUUUGUACUAUCUAUAUUGCACAAAGUAACUUCUCCGCGAAACAACUUCGAACGUUUAACAACUUCUUCACAACAAUCCUUCAAAACGAGAACCUUCACUACGUCGAAUUCUUAUUAAACAAGGACAUCAUCCUUUCACACAGCAACACAGACUUCCAGAAGUUCACAUACAUGAAAGACCUUCUGGAACACCUUGAUCAUCAUCAAUACCCACAUAUCAUUGAUUGUUUUCACGAACUUGUCAAAGAAGACAUGUCACAACAACAACUUGUUCGACGUAUCUACAAAGAAGGUCAUCCCGAGGAAUGGUACAUUCUUUCGGCUGCAUCUACAUAUGAUACCGUUCAAGAAGAUUACGUUGUUACUAUCUUUAUUGAGAAGAUGACACAAGAAAAGCGACAAGAACAUGAAAUGCUUAGUUCAUUCAAAUCUAUUGAACGCGAUUUCUCUAAUAGUAACAUCUACAAAUUCAGGAUCCACGACAACCAUGUUUACAUCAUUGGCCACGAUUUCUUGUCAUUCAUUCAUGGAGAAGGUAAAGUUGAAUCAACAACAAAUAAUAAUAAUAGUAACAACGAAGAAAUUGAUCUUUGUCCAUAUUUAGACUCAGUUGAACAAAGUAAACUUAGUAAAAUCAUCUUAGGUGAACGUGUUUCUUUACGAAUUGGAAAUCAUUCAUUCAUUACAUCAUCACAUGAAGGCAUUGGUUUCUUAGUUUGCACGGACAACUUCCCAGACAUUGCAUCUAGUCAGCCGGAUGAUUUGCCAUUCCCUUCAGCUACAUCAUCUGUUGUCUUUUGGAUUGUCGACACACAAACAGAGAAAGUUUCAUCUAUUUUCAUGCAGCCAACAAUCUGGGAUGUCAUUGGUCUUAGCCAUGAUACUAAAUUCCCAUCAUUGUCUACAUGUAUCCAUCAAGAUGAUCGCGACACAUUCACACGCGGUUACAACGAUCUCCUUCAACGUCAUAUUACACAGUUCAAUUGCGAACUUCGUAUCAUGCGUGCAGGUGGUGACUACGAAUGGCACCGAUUAGCAUUUGCACUUUCAGGUAACACAUUGCAUUGUUUGGCUAUGAAUACAAACAAACAGCGCGAAGUCGAGUUCAAACUUCGAGAGACACGUCAAUUGCGAGAUCUUUUGCUUUCUAGUGGUAAAUUAUCACUUUGGACAUUCCGCGAUAACAACGAACCUGCAGAAAAGAUGAAAGGAUUUGUUCCGGGUGUUGUUUCGGGUAUCGAAAUGAACUGGACAUUCAUCAAACAACAAGUUCCAGAUGAUUAUCGACAAACUAUUGCUACUGAAAUCGAGAAAUCACUUGACACAGGAACAACUAUUGAGAUUGAUUUCCCAAUCGAAAUCGAGAACAACGAGUUUGUUUGGGUUUCAGUUCGAGGUAAAGGAGAUACAUCAUUACGUCAAGUUGUUGGUGUCUGCAUCGAUGUCACCGAACUUCGUAAUGCAUACAACCGUCUUGAAACAGAACGUGCUCGUGCCGAGGAAGCAAAUAAACAGAAGACAUUGUUCCUUGCAAACAUGUCGCACGAAAUUCGUACUCCUAUGAACGGCAUUUUCGGCAUGUUAGAUGUUCUUUCACUUCAAGAACUUACAUCAGAACAACGUCUUCUUGUUGAUUCUAUUCGAUCAUCAUCAUUCCAGUUGAUGAAGUUAUUAGAUGACACAUUACAUUUGUCCAAGAUCGAACAAGGCGAAACCGAAGUUGAAAUGUCAAAUGUUGAUAUCUGGCAGUUGAUUUCACCAACAAUUCUUGCUAAUUACGCAAGUGCUAAAGAAAACAACGUUAAAUUGUCAUUGUAUGUUAAAACACCAUUCCCAAGUUUAGUUCGAUCGGAUCCACAACUUAUUCUUAAGAUUCUUAAUAAUUUGUUGAGUAACGCAAUCAAAUUCACAAAACAAGGUCGAAUUGAUGUCAAAUUAUCAUUCGACGACGAAGUUUUCACAUUGAGUGUUGCUGACACUGGCAUUGGCAUUUCUAAAGAUCAACGUGCAGUUAUUUUCGAACGAUUUGCACAAGCCGAUGAUUGUGUUGCUCGUUUCUUUGGUGGUACAGGAUUAGGCUUGAGUUUAGUUCAAGAGAUCUCUAAGUUUUUGGGCGGCGAUGUCACAUUGGAAUCCGAAGUUGGUUGUGGUUCCACAUUCACCGUUACUAUUCCAAUGGAAUCUGUUAUGUAUCCAUAUGCUCCAACACAUAAAGAUCGUAAGAGUGUCUUAGUAUAUUCAGAAGAUGAAGACACCAUUAAAAUGUUGAAAGAAUGGUUUGAUUUACUCAAAUACGAUUACAUUAUUUUGGACGAUCCAGAUAAUUUUGCAGACAAAAUCACGGAAACAACAAUUGCAUAUUUCUUGGAGACAUCUCGUCCAAUGAAACAAAUCAAAGAUGCCGCUGCACGUAUUGGUAAAGUCACAGUUUGUGCUAUCAGUGAUCCCGGCGAGACAUGUGUUUUCCGUAAUUCAAUUCCACGUCCAGUCAUGUUCCAUCACGUUCGGAAAUUCCUUGAUGAUCUGCGGAAAGGCAUUGAAACAAGUUUUGUUACCGCACAAAUUGAACAAACUAGUCCAUUGCGUAUCUUAGUUGUUGAAGACAACAAAGCUAACCAGUUUGUUAUGAAGAAGAUUCUUCAGAACUUGCAAUGUUCAUUUAAGAUUGCAGAUAAUGGCUCCGAAGCAUUGACAGCAUUGGAUAAUGAUGAAUUCGAUAUUGUUUUCAUGGAUUGUCAGAUGCCCGUUUUAGAUGGAUUAGAAGCUACACGACGAAUCCGAUCAUCCGGGAAAGAAUACCGAAAUGUUCCUAUUGUUGCAUUGACUGCAUCAGCAGUUGAAGGUGAUGAACAAGUUUGCAUGGAUGCUGGUAUGGACGCAUACCUUGCUAAACCAGUUCGAAUGCAGCAGAUCUCAGCAUUGAUCAAGCGAUUCUCAUCACAUUAA